AUGCCACCACGUCGUAAACCAAUCGAAAGAUCACAAAAAGAUAAUAAACAAACAUCCAUCGAUGCAUUCUUCCUCACUCCUUCAAAGAAACCAAAAAUAUCAAUUCAACCUAAUCAAACUCAUCCAAAAUCGAAAGCAAAAUCAAAUUCAAAACGAACCAAUCAAUCUAAAUCAGAAUCAAAUCCAACUUCAACUUCAAAAUCAAAACUUCAACCAAUCUCAUUAAUCAACUCAAGUCCCAUCACUGCUGAACCUCAUGAAGCCGAACCUGAACCUGAAGCUCAACCAGAUCUCGAAUCAUGUACUUCUUUAAUAUUCAAUUCAGCUACUUCUACAAACACAUGUCCAACUUCCAUCAACGAAGACCAAUUAUCUUCUUUUUCUCCUUCUCCUUCUCCAUCACCUACUAAUCUUUCACUAGAAUUUAAUCCGAUCUAUGGUUUACAUCAUUCUUGGUUAGGACCCUUACAAAGAUCAUUCCAUGGAAUCGGUUUAACAAACUUACAUCGAUCGAUUUGCAAACCUACUGAUCGAAUCUAUAGUAAAGGUGAAAUCCCUCAUCGUGAUCCGGGUAAUACGAUUAAUCCUCCCUUUGAGAUGCUCUAUAAUUGGAGUCAUCUUACUCCACUUGAUCAAGUUAAAGUCGUUAUCUUGGGAACAGAACCUUGUAAAAAAGAAGCUUUCUCUCAUGGUCUUUCGUUUUCUCAAUCGGUUACUCAGAAACGUAUCUUAGGUACUAUGAGUAGUAUUCAUUAUGAACUUUCUGAAGAAUUUCCAGACCAAUCUUUCAAACCUAAACAUGGUUCAUUAGUUUCAUGGGCCGAAUCAGGUGUCUUACUCUUAAACAUCAUUCAAACCACUCCUCGUUCACAAACUUUAAAUCAUCGUGGGAUCGGUUGGGAAAGAUUCACAGAUGUGAUUUUGGAUUUAGUGAACCGAUUCGGUGGUAGUUCGAUCAAGGGUGCUGAAUUUGAUGAUGAGGUUUGUUUGAGUAAAGGACUUGUGUUUCUUGUCUGGGGUGAAUUGGCUGCUAAAAGGAUUCAUCAAUCUGCUAUUCCAAGUUCAAAUCGAAAUCAUUUGAUCUUAAAAACAAGUCAUCCUCAACCAAGUACAUCACAUUUAGGUUUUAUUGGUUCUAAUCAAUUCAAAUUAACUAAUGAGUUUUUAGAAAAAACUUAUGGAUCUCAAUCUAAGAUUGAUUGGUGUAAACUUGAAGCUAUUGAUCCGAUUGAUUCUUUAAAAAGAAAAAGAAAUCAUUAAUGGUUUGGAUUUGAUGAAUUCAAUUUCUAAAAAUGAUCAAUAAUGUGCUUUUUUUUUAGUUUUUUAACUCCUUUUUUUGAUUUUUUUUUACUUCUUGAACAUUUUUGGAUUUUACUUGAUUAAGGUUUUUUUGGAAAUGGUUUUUCUUUCUCUUUUGGUUCAAAUUUUAAUUGAUUUUUCUUAUUUUAGAAUUUAAGCUUUUUAGGAUUCAAGAAUAGGAUCCAAAAGUUGUCAAGAACCAAUUGUAAGUUGAUCUUCAAAAACGUUCUUUUUUCUCAAAAAUUCAAAUUACUUUAAAAAAAUUUUGUGUACUGCAAAGUAAAUUUGUGUACUGCAAAGUUGUUUUUUUGAUGAUGAUGAUGAUUUUAAAGAUGUUGUUGAUCAUUCUUCUUUUUGAUAAAAGUUUUUAUUUCUUGAAAAAUUGUAAACUUUAUAUUCAAUGAUAAAGAAUUGUAAUCUUAUUGUUAUGAAUCAAGGAGAAUUGUAUGAGUUUGAAGUCUU